AUGAACACAUUGGUGAAAUGGAAAAGUGAACUUGGUACCAGCAAUAAUGAUGCUCGCGAUGAUCUCAACUCAAAGCUCCGAGACUCAGUUACUUUCAUUCCUCUCAAAGACUUGAGGUUCACCAAAACUGCAAUGGAGGGCAACACUUGGUUUAUGAGCUCUUUCAGCGACACAUACGAAGAAAAUGAAUCCCAAUACCUCUAUUUCCCUUCACAAGCGUCCAAGGGAAGACUGCUAUGCAUCAAAGGUCAUGACCAAAAAGAUGGCACCAAGAAUUCGUAUGCCUUGGCAUGGCCUCAAAGUCUACCAAAUUCAACUACAUACUUGCAGGGCCUCACAUUUGUGUCUGACACAUACUAUGAUUAUGUUAACUUGUGGCAUGGCCUCUCUGCUGUGGUCCCUUUUGUUGGUUGGUCCAUGAAGAACAGGUGCUUAAAGCCGACGAGAUGGGUGUUGUUCCACUGGGGAGAGCUGAGGGACAAAAUGGGAUUGUGGCUACAGAACUUAAUGGAAGCAAACUUCGGAAAAAUGGUGGUUGAAGAAAUGGGAAAAGGAGAAGGGCCUUAUUGUUUUGAGAAGGCUGUUGUGAUGAGACAUAAUGUUGGAAAAAUGGGGAAGGAGAAGAAGCUUCAAGACUCUGACUUGCUGAGGUGUAAGGCAAGAGUGUUUUGUGGCAUAAACCCUGCAGGUAGAGGGAAAGAGGUUGGUGUAACAGGGGAGCCAAUUAUAAAAGUAACUUUGUUAAUGAGGAAAGCUUUAAGAUCAUUCAAGGAUCCAACAGCCGUUAUUAGUGUAUUUGCAAGGGAGUGUGCAAUGGUGGAUGGGUGCUUGUUAGACGUUGUUCAGUCUGAAAACCUAAGUUUCUGUGAUCAGGUUCGGGUAAUGACCAACACAGAUAUCCUUGCAUCCCCACAUGGUGCUCAGCUAACAAACAUGCUCUUCAUGGAUAGAAACAGUAGCGUGAUGGAAUUCUUCCCCAAAGGGUGGUUGGAGUUUGCCGGGGUCGGCCAGUAUGCUCACCACUGGAUGGCAGAUCAAACCGGUAUGAAGCACCAAGGCGCAUGGUGGGAUCCUAAUGCUGAAGAGGAAUGUCCUGAUCCUAAAAAUCAACCAGAAUGCUUCAACUUUUACAAAGAUGGCAAGGUCGGUCACAAUGAAACCUACUUUGCAGAGUGGGCUAGAGCUGUUCUGGACCAUGUUAGGAUAAGCAAGCAGGAAGCCAUGAACACUUCACAGAGACGUUCAAAUGCUUUAGGCCUCUAA